UCUAUGGGGGGCUCCGCCCCAGCGGUCCCCCGGCUCGAGUCCAACCGGCAAUUGCCGGAACGGUGGUGGCAUCCUGGCGCGGGCCAAGACCGCCCCGCUUCCGGUACCACCGUCCAAACGGAUGAAGAGUCCUUCCAACAUCAUGAGGCAGUCCAGCCUCACGAAACUCGGUUCCAUGAUCAACACCGCCGUCAACAAACGUGCCGGCAAUGGUGACAUACAGUGGUGUUUUUCACAAGUAAAAGGGACCUUAGAAGACGACGUUACAGAAGCUGAUAUAAUCUCAUGCGUUGAAUUUAAUCACGAUGGUGAUCUCCUGGCGACAGGAGACAAGGGUGGACGCGUUGUCAUUUUUCAAAGAGACCCUAUUAGUAAAAACAGUAUACCACGAAGAGGCGAAUACAAUGUGUAUAGCACUUUCCAGAGCCACGAACCAGAGUUCGAUUACCUAAAAUCAUUAGAAAUAGAAGAAAAAAUUAAUAAAAUUAGAUGGUUAAAAAGAAAGAAUCCUGCCCACUUUUUACUCUCCACGAAUGAUAAAACAAUUAAAUUGUGGAAGGUUAGUGAGAGAGAUAAAAGAGUGGAAGGAUAUAAUACAAAAGAGGAGAAUGGCACGAUACGUGAUCCUGCCUGCAUCACUGCCUUGAGGGUGCCAACCAUAAAACCAAUGGAGUUGAUGGUAGAGGCAUCACCAAGGAGAAUAUUUGCCAAUGCGCACACCUAUCACAUAAACAGUAUAAGUGUCAACAGUGAUCAAGAGACAUACCUCAGUGCUGAUGAUCUUAGAAUUAAUCUUUGGCACCUUGAGAUAACUGACCAGAGUUUUAAUAUAGUAGAUAUUAAGCCAACUAAUAUGGAAGAGUUAACGGAAGUUAUAACUGCGGCGGAAUUUCAUCCUGCAGAAUGUAACGUGUUGGUGUACAGCAGUAGCAAAGGAACUAUUAGACUUUGCGAUAUGAGAUCUGCUGCUCUCUGCGAUCAGCACAGCAAGCUCUUCGAGGAGCCUGAAGAUCCAACUAAUAGGAGUUUUUUCUCAGAAAUUAUUUCAAGCAUAAGCGAUGUAAAGCUCAGUAAUUCUGGAAGAUAUAUGAUCAGUAGAGACUACCUCAGCGUGAAAGUGUGGGACUUACAAAUGGAAACAAAACCAAUCGAAUGUUAUCCUGUACACGAAUACUUAAGAUCAAAAUUAUGUUCAUUGUAUGAAAAUGACUGCAUUUUUGACAAAUUUGAAUGUUGUUGGAGUGGUAAUGAUUCUGCAAUUAUGACGGGCUCAUACAACAAUUUCUUCAGAGUAUUUGAUCGUACGACUAAACGCGAUCUUACUUUAGAGGCAGCACGCGACAUUGCCAAACCAAAAACGCUUCUAAAGCCAAGAAAGGUAUGCACCGGUGGUAAACGCAAGAAGGAUGAAAUUAGUGUCGACUGUCUGGACUUUAAUAAGAAAAUACUUCACACUGCAUGGCAUCCAUCUGAAAAUGUGGUGGCUGUCGCUGCUACGAACAAUCUCUUCCUAUUCCAAGACAAACUUUAGCAUAUCUGUAUGCAAAUUAUACAACGGUAUAUAUUGACGUGAGCUAGGCACGUUGAACUGAAAACUCCCAGUGGAACCACGGGUGUCUGAGUAAUAGUGACGAUAGUCGACUACUAGUCUGUCAGUGGUUGACUGACCGAGGAGUGGUGUACGUAGCGCCGUCCACGCAGCUCACAUUCAUACAUGCUAUAUACACAUAGAGACAUACAAGGAUUGUGCACUCCAUACAUUGUCGCGUGCAUAUGUGUAUGUGAAAAGAGAUGUGCAAAUACGAAACACACGCAUAACUUCAGGCUAUCAAUAAAUUCGCUAGCUCAAAUAUAUUCGCAGAUGAAAAAGAAACGUACGCAUUCGGCAGAACAUGUGAUUCAACCAAUUUGCAGACUCGUGUUGGCAGUUGAUAUAUGACUUAUAAAUACUAAUGAUUAGUAAUUUGUUGCAUGUAUUAUAAAAAUUGUGCCAUCGCACAGUGUAGUCUAUAUGUGACUUAUCUACGCUAUAGACUACCAGGGUAUUUGAUUAUCGCAUUGAUGAACAGGCGAUGUGAGUAGAGCGGGCGUACGGAUUACGAGUCGCUCGCUGCGGUUUAUGUACAAUUUAUAUAAAUACGUGGUACAAACUUUAAGUUUUCCUUAACUGAUAUGUCUAAUUAGCGUGAAAAAAGGAACAAAAAAAAACGAGAGAGAGGUCAGCCGUGCCAAUGAGCAAAAUCUGUAACUAUUGUAUUGACGUAAUUUUAUUUAUUGUUACGCGGCAUUUAAAUUAUGAACUUGAAUUAUAAAAAAACAUGCAUUAGUUAUUGAAGUAAAUUUUCCUCCUAUAAAUACUUUUGCAAUUAAUAAUCGACUCGUAUGUUGCUGACCUCGAUGUAAGAAUACAGAGUAAGUAAAUAAGAUUUAUGAAUAUAUAUAGUUUCGUGCUUGUAGAAUUGAAAUACUUACAGUUACCACUAUGAAGGAGUUCGCCUUUUGGUAAAAUAACCUGUGUCUACAUUAUUUGUUUAUCAUUUGCGAUUUGGUACCACACUUGUUAAACGCGCAUGCGCGUAGGCCUAUUUUCCCGUUGUAUUCUCGCGAAUUGUUUGUCACAGUCGCCAAUACGAGUCAAAAUGAUAGAUAGUAUGAUAUAUAUAAACCGGAACAUUUCCUUAUAUUACAUAUAUCUGGAAAAACCAAAUAUUGCUGCACUAAACAUACAUACAUCAAGCAAUAAGUGGCGCCGAUUUAAGACAAUGUGUAUAAUAAAAUAUCAAGUGUCAUUUUCUAAAAAAAAUCGUAUGCCCCGAUCGGGAGAUAAACGAAAAUCGCAUAGAUACAGAGUACAGAUUUUCUAAUCUUUCUUAAUAAUUUAUCGACACUCUUAUACUCCUACAGAUAUAAGCAGCAAUUUCGUACAUGGAUAAAAUAAACCUAAAAGUGCAUUUGUGACGAUGGUAAGCUGGGCUUGCAGAGUUUAUAUAGAAAUAAAAUAUUUGCUGAAUAAUGUACACCAGCAUAAUGUAACUUUGAUAAAUAUCCAAGUCGGAAAACAAAGUGUUCAUGUUUUUAACUCACACGCAUUUUCUAUCAUCUUUUUACCAUUUAAUUUCCUUUUGUAUACAUGUAUACGUCGAUUAAUUAUGCUGCGACAUUUAUUAUAUU